GUCCUGGGCGGGAUCUGGGCGGUCGGCAAUUAGUCGGUUUUGCCCCUCUUUUUUUUUUUUUUUUUGUAGACUUAAAGACAUUUUCGUAAUUUGGCCAAACUCCCAAUUCCCAAAUCGAAGAUAAGGUUCUGAGCCUCUGAGGGUCGACGUUUUGAACCCAAAAAUUCCCAAAUCGAAGCAAAAAGCUCCGGUCUCUUUCUCUCAGUCUCUCUGCCUCUCUCUGCGGUCUGGCCGCACUAUUAUCAGCUGCUCAAGUGCUCAGCCUCUCUCGGAGUCGCCGAUGACCACGAUUUUCUGCUUCUUCGACUCCUCCAGUCCUCCUCAAGCUGUCAAGCCACUCAAGCAGCAAUUCUUCAAGACACUGGUUCGAUUUCUGGGUUCUUCAAGACAGUGAUCCACUCGGUUCGAUUUCUGGGUUCUGCAACUCGGGCAAUGGCAGGUACUACAUCUUCCUCGGCAUCUAAUGCAAUGUCGGAGAUGGGUUCAUCAUUGAAGCGUGGUUCAGGUGAUAUUGGAUGGGAAUAUGCGGAGUUGGCGGAUGCUUCAAACUUGGAUAGGUUGAAGUGUAAGUUGUGUGGGAAAUUAGUGAGUGGUGGGAUAUAUCGAAUGAAACAACAUAUUGCCCACAUCAAGGGAAAUGUGGCUCCUUGUAAAAAGUCUUCGGAUGAGGAUAAAGCUAAAUGCAAGAAUGCUAUUGAAGAGGCAAAGUCUACGAAGAAACAAAAGAGUAAACAUGAAGUAGAAAUAAGGCAAGAAGUCAUUAUUGAAGGAGAUGAAGACAAUGAAGCGAGUCAAGGGACAAGAAGAAUGCCGCAUACUCUUGGGCCUAUGGACCAUUUUGCAUCCCCCAUCGAUCCGGAUUCUUCAUUGGAUGGAAGUAGGAAGAUGAGACAACAAAAUAUCAAUGAUGCACUUUUCAAGCAAAGAACACAUAGUGUGCAUCAAUACUUGGCUAGAUGGGUGUAUGAAGCCGGGAUUCCUUUUCAUGCUAUUGAUAGUGAUAGCUUCAAGAGGUUUGUCGAAGCGGUUGGUCAAUUUGGCCCGGGUUACCGACCUCCAAGCCAAUAUCAAUUAAGGGAGCCACUAUUGAAGGAAGAGGUAGAUAGAACUAAAAGUUCAUUGAAGAAGCAAGAAGAAGAGUGGGCUUUGAAUGGUUGCUCUAUUAUGACCGAUGCUUGGAGUGACCGGAAAAGAAGAAGCAUCAUGAAUUUGUGUGUCAAUUGUGCGGAAGGCACAACUUUUCUCUCUUCUAAGGAAGCAUCGGAUGAGGCACACACCGGGACAUAUAUUUUUGAAUAUGUGGACAAGUGCAUUGAAGAAAUUGGGCCACAAAAUGUGGUUCAAGUGGUGACGGACAAUGCUUCAAAUAAUAUGGCGGCGGGAGAUUUGAUGAAGUUGAAGAGGCCAAACAUAUUUUGGACUUCAUGUGCAACUCACACCUUCAAUCUUAUGCUUCAAGGAAUUGGCAACCAACCUAGAUUCAAAGGGGUCAUUGAGAAGGCAAAGAGCUUCACCAUCUAUAUUUAUGCACAUCACAAGACUUUGGCAUUGAUGAGGAAGUUUACAAAGAAAAGAGAUAUAGUGAGGCCGGGAGUCACUAGAUUUGCAACCACCUUCCUCACUUUGCAAAGCUUGAUGGAGAAGAAGAAUGAGUUGAGAGCUAUGAUCACUAGUGAUGAAUGGAAUGCAAGCAAGCAUGCAAAGAGUGUAAAGGGGAAGACGGCGGUGAAUAUUGCUUUGAGUGCUUCUUUUUGGAAUGGGGUAAGUCUUUGCUUGAAGGUGUUUGCCCCUUUAGUCAAGGUGCUUCGCCUUGUUGAUGGGGAUAGAAAGCCAUCAAUGGGCUUUGUGUACGGAGAACUACUUAGAGCCAAAGAGGAGAUUAAAAUGGCAUUCAAAGAUCAAGAAGCUCACUAUCGUCCAAUCCUUGAUAUUGUUGAUAGAAAAGCCCGUGGUCGGCUUGAUAGUCCAUUGCAUUUAGCGGGUUACCUCUUGAACCCUUACUACACAUAUGCCAAUUCAAGCAUUGAGAAUGAUAAUGUGGUCAUGGAUGGGUUCUUCACUUGUGUUGAGGUAUUCUUUCCCGAUGACAUUCAAACUCAAAGUUUGGUGACAAAUGUAGAAUUGCACAAGUAUUUGAAGAAAGAGGGUGGAUUUGGAAGAAGUUUGGCUAAGCCGGGAUGCGCACAAAAUGAUGACAAUUAUAAUCCGGUUUUGUGGUGGAAUAUUUAUGGUAACCUUGUACCAAAAUUGCAAAGUAUGGCUAAAAGGAUACUUGCAUUGACCACAAGCUCAUCCGGAUGUGAGAGAAAUUGGAGCACUUUUGAGGGGAUCCAUACAAAGAAAAGGAAUAGACUAGAUACAACGAGGUUAAACAAUUUAGUCUAUGUCCAAUUCAAUGCCAAGAUUCUCAACAAGAAGAGAAGAAUGAAAGAGAGGAAUGUGGAUGUAUUACUAGCAUGUGAAGCUACUAUGGCCCAAGGAUGGAUUGUGGAUGGUGGUGAUGAAGAUGUAGAUUCCGAUCUUACUAGUGAUGUAGUUGGAGAGGGAUCAGGAUUGGGAGUGGAUAGUAGCUUAGAGCCUAGGAGAAGUAGUAGAAUUCAAGAAAUUAGAGAACUUCAUGAGGAUGAUUUUGUAUCGGAUGAAGAGGAAGAAGAUGAGAUGACUUUUGAGUUUGAUUCCGAUGAGGAGGGAGUACUAGAGGGAUAUGGAGAAGAAGAAUUUGAGGAUUAGGCUUGGAAGAAUCAAAUUUGCAAUUUUUUUUUAAUUUCAAAGAACUCAUUAUCUCAUUUUUGUAGAACAUUUUAUCUAUAUUUUGAGUAUUUUAACUAUUUUCAAACAUUAUAA